AUGCCACCUAAAAGCGGUUGCCAAAAACCUAUAGUUGGUGACGAAAAGAAAAAUGAUAAUUUAGUAUUAAUUACAUCUACUAGUUCUUCUUCUAUACCAUUUGUAAAGUUGCCUGCUGAAGAAGAUAAUAUCACUAAUUCUAAUUUAUCAUAUACUAGAAAUAUCGAUGAAUUAAAAAAUAAUAAUGAUUCAACAAUUACUGAAUUAAUGACAUUAAAUUCGCCUCAAAAAGAAUGUUCUGAUAUUGCUAUGAAUGAUACAGACUUACCAUUUUCUACUAAAAAUGAAAAUAUUUUGCUUUCAUCUGAUUCUUCAGAAAACUUAAAUACGAUUAGUCUUUUAGAUCCUGUGCAUACAUUGCCAAUAGACCGUUUUUGUUUCAAAGAUCAAGUAUUAAAAGGACCUUAUCAGCCAAUCUUAGACAUUUAUCCAUCAACUAUUCAAGGGAACAAACGUAGAUCUUUUCAAAAAAAUUGGUAUACUUUGUAUAACUGGAUAGAAUAUAGUACCAAAUUGGAUGCUGUAUUUUGUUUCCCGUGCAGAUGUUUUAGAGGUAAUGAAAGUAAUAAUAGUCAAACAACAAUAACAUUUUCAAAAGUUGGAUUUAAAGGAUGGAACAAGGCCAAUGAAGCUUUUAAAAAACAUCAAUUGUCAAAAUGUCAUGUUAAUAGUUCAACUUCCUUACAUAAUUUUUUAAAUGAAAAAUCAAUUGACUGUGUAUUAGACAAUGCUAAAGAAGUAUCAUUGAGUAAAAAAGCAGAAGAACGUAUUAAAAAUAGACAGAUAAUGAAUAGGUUGAUUGAUAUAGUGAUUUGUUUAUGUAAAGGAGGAAGGCCGUUCCGUGGUCAUAAUGAAAGUUCAACAAGCAAUAACCAAGGACUCUUUAAAGAAAUAUUAAAUUUGUUAUCAAAGUAUGAUGAUUUACUUAAAAUUCACUUUCAGGAAGGUCCAAAAAAUGCACUUUAUAGAAGUAAUAGAAUCCAAAAUGAUAUUAUUACAUCAAUACAUACAGUUGUUCUACAAAAAAUUAUUUCAAACAUUAAUAGUUCAUUUAUUUCAAUCAUGGCUGAUGAGACAAGUGAUGUCGGGCAUCACGAACAAAUGUCUAUUGUUGUAAGAUAUUUUGAUGAUAAUGUUAUUAGACCUAUAGAAACAUUUGUUUCGUUAAAACGCAUGACAUCAGUAACUGCUGAAUCAAUUUUCAAUACAUUAUGUGAAUUUCUAAUUUUAAUUAAAAAAAACUGGAAAUCAGUGGUUGCUGUAUGCUUUGACGGAGCGUCAACUAUGGCAGGUAGUAUAAAUGGUGUACAAAUGAGAUGUAAAGAACAAAAUAAUGAAAUUAUGUAUGUGCAUUGCUAUGCGCAUUGCCUAAAUCUUACACUAAUUGAUGCUGUAUGUGAAAAAUAUUCUAAAAAAGUAGUUAAGAAUCGAUUGAUUUUUAAUUUCCUUGGAACUAUACAAUAUGUACACAACUAUAUAGAAAGCAGUCCAAUGAGACACUCAACACUAGAAAAAGUUGCUAAAGAAACAGGAAUUACUCUUCUAACAUUAAAGUCCUGUUCAAUUACACGAUGGGCAUGUCGUGCGGAAGCUGUAAAAGCUAUUAAAAAUAAUUAUAAUGUUUUAUUAACUGCAAUUGAUGAAAUAUGUGAAAACACUUCAGUACCUGAGAUGAGAGCAAAAGGAAUUGGUAUUUUACAACAACUCCAAACAUUUGAAUUUAUUUUUGGCAUGGAAUUAAUGAGUCCUGUUUUAAAUAUAAUAUUAAAAGUAAGUUCUAUGCUGCAGUCUCCAAAAAUUGACCUUUUGAUUGCAGCAGAAAGUAUAAAUACUUUAAAGAAUACCUUAUUAAACAUGAGAAAUAAUGAAGAAGAAUACAAAGUAAAAAAAAGAAAAGUUACAACUAAAAUUGAUCCGUCUCCUUCAAAUCAAGUAUUUUUUAAGACUAAAUAUGAAGAAUUUAAAGUUUCUGUAUAUUAUCCAUUACUAGAUGAUCUUAUUUCUGGAAUAAAUUCAAGAUUUAAACAAGAUACAAUUUGCCUUAUAAAUGCUAUUGCAAAUAUUAUAAAUUUAAAUAUAACUACUGAAAUAACUACCAUUUUGGAAAAGUUUGCGAAAAUUUCAUCAGACACUUUAAUUGCUGAAAUCAAACUUCUCAAGAACUCGACAGACAAGAAUAUUCCUAAAGGAACUACUAAUGAAUCUGUGUUUUUGUGGCUGGAUUGCAUUAUACCCGUAACUAGUUGUUCAUGUGAACGGGUAUUUUCAAAAUUAAAUAUUGUGAAAAGUAAAUUAAGAAAUACAAUGGCCCAAGACCGUCUGGAAUCAUUAAUUUUACUUUUUACAGAACAAGAAAUGGCCUCUAAUGUUGAAGUAGAUUUGGUUAUAAAUGAGUUUAUAUUUACGUUGAACAAGAAGUGUGAACGUCUCGUGGUUAUCAAGUUCUGA